AUGUUUCAACCCAACUCCCUCUCCAAACCCUUCCAAGGCACCAUUCAAGAACGUCGUAUCUUCCACCGCUUCCAGUACUGCACCGUGCCCGCCUUCGCAGGUGGAUCGGAAUCCGGUUUCUGGACCAAGCUCGUACUCCAAGUGGGUCAAGCCGAACCUAUAGUGCGGAACGCGAUCAUUGCACUGGGGACGCUACAUGAAGAUUACCAGGAGCGGCGUGGCAAAUAUACCCCCAAGGCCAUCGAGGGUGACAGCCGUUGGCACGCCCUAAACCUAUAUGGUGGCGCGUUGCACCAGCUGAAUCAAAAACUCGACGUGCCAUCGGAGACCAACGCCAGGCUUGCCAUCAUUGCAAGUAUAUUAUUUGCUUGCUUCGAGGUCUUGAACCGCAAUAAUAUGGCCGCCGUCACCCACUACCAGGAGGGAAUGAGAGCAUUGAUCCGCGAAAUGAAUCUUCCUGAGGGCGACGAGUCAUCCAUGACACCAUAUUCCCCGAGGCAACAGGCCAAAGCGAGGUUUCGAGAGAUCCCUCAAGAUGAAGUGGACGAAAUACUGCGCGUCUUCGCCCGAUACGAUAUACAAGCUUGCACCUUCUCCAAGGACCGGGCCGAGCCUUUGUUAACCCACGUCGGCCAGGUGCCGCGGGUCCUGCCAACCAACCUUUCGUUGAGUCAAGUCUGCAAUCAUCUGGAUAACCUUCUGGUGUCGGUGUACCAGCUGGUCAAGUCCGACUUGCGCAUGUAUCGUUACUGGAAAGCCGACUCGGUGCCCAUAGAAUGGCAGGUUCAACGACGGGAGGCGGUUGGUGUCUUUGAUUCAUGGAUGGACGCCUUGGAAGGCUUCUUCCAGUCUCAUGCGACGAAUCUUUCCCCUGCCGACAUCAGAAGUCUUCUGGGCCUGCGACUCCAGAUCAAGACGGCGGUCAUGAUGCUUAAGACAUGCAUAGACUGUGGGCCUGAGACCACUUUCGACGCUUUCACCGACGGAUUCGAAGACAUGGUUUCCAAAGUCGAACAGAUGACCACGGCGUUGAGGAUGCCGGAAGCCCCGCCUCUCGAAGUCGAAUUCAUCCCUUUCACCAUGGAACUCGGGAUUGUCCACCCACUGUUCUUUAUCGCAUGCAAAUGUCGAGAUCGGGAUAUUCGACGUCGAGCGGUGGGCCAGUUAAAGAGGGCGGGCAGGGAGGGCGUCUGGGAAGGCCCCAUCAUGGCUGUUCUGGCACAGAGGAUUGUGGACCUGGAAGAAGAGGGUCUCUCUGAAGGAGAGGAGGUGCCGGAAACCAACCGUAUCCAUGAGAUCAGGAAGGACGUGAACUAUGACUCUCGACAAAUACGGUUUGAAGCGACAAGAGCUUCCGACAUGACGUGGAAGAAUUUCUCAGUGCACAGAGAGGUCCUCGGGUUCUGA